AUGUCGACGCCUGCGACAGCUGUGGUGGCCGCGGCCACGCUCCCUCACUACCACUUAUCGCGCCAUUACCACUCACCCUACGCCGCCCAUCAUCAACAACCUCAUCAACAACAACAACAACAAUAUCCUACCUCUCCUGGCCAUCGUCCUGCUGCUCUCGUCGACGCAGCCCCCUCAUCCUCCGCCACCAACACGACCUCCCAUAUACGUCCCGCCUACCCUCUCCCCAGUCCUCUUCUCCAUCCGCGUCGCCACAACUACAACCACAACCCCCAAGAACACGCUCCCGCCCCGACUGAUGAUGCCCUGUUAAACAGUCAUCCGCCACCACCUCCCCCCCAUGGUUACCUCGAACUGCACGGCUACACGACCGCCGCCCCUCCAUGUCAGAACGAUACUUUCGCCUCGUCAGCAGUGUCUACUUCCACCGCCACCUCCCUGACAUUGGCUAUGGAUCAACACCCCUCCCGCAAGCGUCGCCGCUCCAAAGAACCUGACUGGGACAAUUUCUACCGCAACGGCCUCCCCAAGGAAGUCAUUGUCAUCCACGACACUCCCGAGCCAGAGGCGAACCAGGGCCGCAAACUCACCCACAGCCAUGUUACCAGCAGCCACAUUGUCGCUCCAGACGGCGCUGCUCUCCGUCAACAAACCACACUGCAAUCACAGCCUACCAAACGCCGCCGCCGAGACAACGUGAACCCGCCCGUCCACUACCACGUCCAGCCCGUGGCCGAAUCCCAUGCGACAACUCCAAACUACAAUAUUACGCCCAGUGCCUCGACCUUGUCAAGCGACGGCCAUCCCUCUACCGCCCACACCACUGCUGCUACUUCGUUGUCUUCCAAUGGCCAGCCCGACGCCGCCACUGCCCCGCUCAAGCGGAAACGCACCCGCCAGCAAGCCGCCAUUGAAGCCAAACGACGUGAUAUUCAAGGACUCGGUCAUCCCUUUGAGGCCUAUGUACCGCCGCCAUUCCCGCCAAGGAAAUCUGGCGACGUAUACGUUCGAGUCGUCCACGAUACCCAGUCCAAGGGUGCCAGGGUUGAUGACGAUGACGGUCACUACCUUGUUGUACCAGAUGCAGAUCUUACCGACAAGUAUAAGAUCAAGUGCCUUCUUGGCCAAGGUACUUUUGGUAAGGUCGUUCAAGCCCGCGACCGCCGCCGCAACGAAGCUGUCGCUGUCAAGAUUAUUCGCUCGGUCCAGAAGUAUCGUGACGCUUCCCGCAUUGAGCUCCGCGUCUUUGCCACUCUGAAAGCAAACGAUCCCACCAACAGAAAUCGUUGCGUCCACUUACGAGACUGCUUUGACUAUCGUGGUCACAUCUGCAUCGUCAUGGAUCUGCUGGGUCAAAGCAUCUUUGAUUUUCUCAAAGCCAACCACUUCGUGCCCUUUCCCAACAGCCAGAUUCAAAAGUUUGCUCGUCAACUACUUACCAGCGUUGCUUUCCUUCAUGACCUCAAUCUAAUACACACUGAUCUCAAGCCCGAAAACAUUUUACUAUAUGACAACUCUUAUCAAACUUUUACAUAUCACAGGAAGAUUCCGUCUGCUUCGACAACGAUUAAUCGACAAGCCACACAAAGGCGAGUCUUGCUCGAUACCGAAAUUCGACUAAUCGACUUUGGGUCUGCCACCUUUGAGGACGAGUACCACUCAUCUGUCGUUUCCACCCGCCAUUAUCGCGCACCCGAAAUUAUUCUCGGCCUCGGCUGGUCCUUUCCCUGUGACAUCUGGAGCAUCGGAUGCAUCCUUGUCGAAUUCUUCACAGGCGAUGCCCUCUUCCAAACGCACGACAACUUGGAACACCUUGCCAUGAUGGAAAUGGUUCUUGGACAACGGAUAGAUGCUCAUCUGGUGCAAGCCGUCAACAGAAUAUCCAGCAGGACAGGCGGCAACCCUGCUUCCAAAUACUUCAAACGGCUCCGGCUCGAUUACCCGACUCCAGAGACCUCGCGAAGCUCAAAGCGCUUUGUUAGAGCCAUGAAGAAUCUUGAUAACAUAAUUCCAAAGAAUACGACGUUCUUCAAGAACUUCCACGAUUUGCUGCGGAAAAUGUUUAUCUAUGAUCCUUCACAGCGCAUCACGGCUCGCGAGGCAUUAAACCAUCCCUGGUUCAAAGAGAUGGCGCCACCCGACGACGGAACGGAAGCCGCCAAAAUUCGAAUGGAAAAGCGGCGAAUUGGCCAAGACGCCCAGAAGGCCUAG